AUGCAAAAAAAUUAUAAAGGUUCUACGAAAGUGAAUCGAGCCCAAUUGCAAUAUUUGCAACGCGAAUUUGAGAUUCUUGCAAUGGGGGAAGAUGUAGCCAAACCAAUUAAUCAUAUGAGUGAUGUAAAAGAAAAUGGUGAAAUUGAGUUGAUUAAUGAACAAGGUGAGAAUGUAGUGAAUGACAAAGCUGACAACAAUGGUGAAGCUGGAAAUAUUGAUUCUAGUGAUGACUCUGAAAUUAAGCAUGAUAACUCCAACAACCUUUCAGCAAGACCAAGAAAUCCAUCUGGUUAUCUCAGAGAUUAUGUGACUGGGUUGGAAAACAUAGACAAUCAAAAUCCUAAUCACCUUCAAAAUCUAGAAGUUUCUAUGUUUAGCUCCAAUGAAUGUUAA